AUGGAUCUCCAAAACAGCACCAAGCCCAAGCCACCAGUGGUCUGGCUUACUGGGUUCCCUGGCAUGGAAUCCAGCCACAUCUUGAUUUCCAUCCCAUUCUGCUCCAUGUACAUCAUUUCCAUCUUGGGAAAUGCCAUUAUUCUGUUCAUUAUCAAAACAGACCAAAGCCUCCAUGAGCCCAUGUACAUUUUCCUCUCCAUGCUGGCCAUGACAGACCUAGGCUUAUCCCUCUCCACCAUGCCUACCAUCCUGGGCAUCUUUUGGUUCAACGCCAGAAGAGUCAGCCUGGAUGCCUGUUUCACUCAGCUGUUCUUCAUCCACUCACUGUCCUUCAUAGAAUCCUCCAUUCUCUUGGCCAUGGCUUUUGACCGCCUCGUGGCCAUCCGGAACCCUCUGAGAUAUGCCUCCAUCUUAACUGUACCGAGGAUAAGCAAGAUGGGGCUGGCCUUCGUGUUCAGAGGUGUGGCCCUGAUUUUCCCACUGCCUUUCCUUCUCAGGAGGCAUCAGUACUGCCGGGCCAAUGUCCUCUUCCACUCUUUCUGCCUGCACCAAGAGGUGAUGAAGCUGGCCUGCUCAGACAUCACGGUCAACAGCAUCUACGGGAUGUUCGUCAUCGUCUCCACGGUGGGCGUGGACUCGCUCCUGAUCCUGCUGUCUUACAUCAUGAUCCUCAAGACGGUCCUGAGCAUCGCCUCGCGGGAGGAGCGCCUCAAAGCCCUCAACACUUGCGUCUCCCACAUCUGCGCCGUCUUGCUCUUCUACAUGCCCAUGAUUGGCUUGUCAGUGAUUCACAGGUUUGGGAAGGAUUCUCCUCUCCUCAUCCGCAUUUUCAUGGGGUAUGUUUACCUGCUGGUGCCACCCCUAAUGAACCCAGUUGUGUACAGUGUGAAAACAAAGCAGAUUCGGGCCAGGAUAAUCCAGAUAUUCUCCAAGUGA